AUGGUCGGCCUUCGAUUCGUUCUUCUCGUCUCCUUGGUGAUCGCCGCAGCUGUUUCAGCACAACAGUGCGAAGUAUGUAAAAAAGUGCUGGAUGAUGUGAUGGCUAAAGUUCCGUCUGCCGAUAAAUCCAAGCCAGAUGCCAUAGGAAAAGUGAUUCGUGAACAUUGUGAAACCACUCGUAAUAAGGAACACAAAUUCUGCUUCUACAUCGGCGCUCUCCCAGAGUCAGCUACUUCCAUCAUGAAUGAGGUCACCAAGCCACUCAGUUGGUCCAUGCCAACCGAUAAAGUUUGUAAAGAUAAGCUAAAGAGCAAGGAUGCCCAAAUCUGCGAGCUUAAAUACGACAAACCACUGGACUGGAAGACUAUUGAUUUGAAGAAGAUGCGCGUCAAAGAGCUCAAAAACAUCCUCGGCGAGUGGGGAGAGGCAUGCAAAGGGUGCACUGAGAAGAGCGAGUUCAUCAAGCGGAUUGAGGAGCUCAAGCCAAAAUAUGUCAAAGACGAGCUGUGA